UCGUGAAUGGACAUCAUUAUCAAAUUUCCACCUUCGUGUUGUUCCGUUCCGACUACUUCAACUCUUCCAAGUGAACGAUGUCGGAGAACCCGUUCGUCUGUCUCUUCCAAAAUCUUGAGAAGAUAUCGAACUCCAUCCAGACCCAUCUCUCCACCUUCGUUGCUCGUCAUGGUAACCCAUCGCAGGCCGGUAACAGUGCCCUCUUCUCCGUCUCCAGCUCGCCCAAACCAAGCGCAUCGAACGCAAAUUUCCAAACUUUCGGGCCAGAAGCGGUUCUCAAGAAGGUACAAACUGCUGCACCUGUAACAAAAGGAGAACUCGGGAGGGCCACCUGGACUUUUCUCCACACUCUAGCUGCUCAGUAUCCUGACAAACCGACAAGGCAACAGAAGAAAGAUGUGAAAGAAUUGAUGGCUAUAUUGUCUCGAAUGUACCCUUGCCAGGAAUGUGCAGACCACUUUAAAGACAUACUGAGCAGGGCAAAUCCCGUACAGGCAGGAUCUCAUACUGAGUUCUCCCAGUGGCUAUGCCAUGUGCAUAAUGUAGUCAACAGAAGCCUAGGCAAGUCGGUAUUCCCUUGUGAGCGAGUCGAUGCAAGGUGGGGCAAGCUUGAGUGCGAGCUGCGUGCAUGUGAUCUGCAAGGAACUUUGACAAAGUUUUGGGACUAAGUUGUUACGGUGGUUGACCUUACCAUUUAUAGAGCAAAGGAAAUCUGCUGUCAAUUUUGUGUAUGUGUACUAGAAUGUGAUGAUAACUCCUGAUAUAGAUUUUUAUUAUACUUCGCAUUCCAUUUCAGUUUAUGCCGCGCAGCAUCAGGCGUAUACAUACAAUAUGUUCAUCCCUACAAUGAUGCCAUAAUGUAUGUCAAAUUUACAAGAUAAACAUGGAUGUUUUAUUUAGCAUGUAAAAGAAAUACGUAUAAAUGCUUCCAGAUUCCGAAA